GCAGUUAUAGAUUCCUUCCGAUCUCCCAGUCACAGUCAGAGUGUGGGUGUACUGUGCAGUCACUGGGUCAUUCAACACAGUCUGGGUUCCUUGGGUGACAGUGGUGGAGUCUCUGGUCCAAGUGACAUUGGUAGCAGGUCCACCAGUGGAGAUACAGGCCAGGGUGAACUGAGGACUGGCUCCAUUGAGGUCUGAAACCUCCGAGUAUACUAUAUCUCCUGAUAUCGCAACAUCUCCUAUGAUAACAGUUGUGACAAUCAUAACAGCCCUGGCCUUGAUACACCACUUAUUCUCUGAGAUCUAAACUAAGCAACACAGACACAGCAUGACAUAACUAUUAGGUGGUUACCUCCACUGGCAGUAUAGAGUCCCACAU